UAGAUCGUAGCAAUGUUUAGCCAAGAACUGAAAAUCCACUGGUUUAGUCAUAUCACAUCAUUAAGAUUCAGAGCGGGCAGUUUUUGGAUAAAUAUCAGUGAAAUCACCGGCCAGAGUGACGUCGUCGCCUAAUUCGUCUUCCAAACACGAAAAGUUUACUCGUCAACGGCUGUCAAGAUGUGCGCGAAAAUGGCUUUCCAACACCAAGCUGGCACGGCAAUCAAGUGCCUCAGUAUACCUAUUACACUACACAAAGAAAGUGAAAUAAAUGCAAAUGGAGAAGAAGUUAUGAAAUGUGGCUUUAAAAUAGGAGGAGGAAUAGAUCAAGAUUAUAAAAAAAGUCCCCAAGGCUAUACAGAUAAUGGGAUAUAUGUGACUGAAGUACAUGAAGGAUCUCCAGCAGCUAAAAGUGGCUUAAGGAUGCAUGAUAAGAUAUUGCAAUGUAAUGGCUAUGACUUCACUAUGGUAACUCAUAAAAAAGCAGUUUCAUACAUUAGAAAACACCCUGUGCUAAAUCUCUUAGUUGCACGCAAAGGUGUUACAAGUACUUAAAAUCAUUUAGUUAGAAAGAUGUGCUGCCUUUUUUUAUUCUUUAUUAUAGAUUGAAUUCUAAAAAUAGAUUAUUGAUACUCUUUACAAAAACUUGUUAUUCUACAACUCUAGAUAAUGCAUUUUUAGAGAGCUACGUUACUGAGAUUUUUAAAUUAAAAAUGUAUAAUCUUUACAUUCCAUGUGCUAGAUAAAUAAACAAGAUCUAAUAAUAUUUAAAUAAAAAAUCAAAUGCAAUAUUAUAUAAUUAAAAUGAUACAAUAGACUUUGUGUAAUAAUAAUAGAUUUUACAAAAGUAUACAGCACAUCUUUCAGCAAUAAACAAAAACUGAAAAACCCUAUGCCCAAAGUAUUAUACACAACUGCUGUAAUAUUAUAAUUAAGGAAUGUGUGUAAAUGUAUGCACAUAUAUAAAAAAUUAUAUCAAAGCAUCAACCAUUGACAGCACUUAAAAAGUGCUACAUUGUAAAAUUGAACUGCUAAAAAAUGUCGUCAAUGUGAAUGAUUUAAUCUGAACAGCCUUGACAAAUAUCACAGCUAAUUUACAAAUAAUUUAUUUUUAAUGCUAUUAAUUUAAGAGUCGUCAGGUUUUAUAGCAAUGGUUAUUGAAAAAAAAGUAUCUUCUAAUUAUGAUUCUUGAUAUUAAUAAUUUUAAAAGAUUUUAAAAGAGACAUAUUUUUACGAUUAAGCAACAUUUUUACAUGAAUUUAUUAAAAAAGUUUUAUGAAACAGUUUAAAUGAACAUGUUAUUUAAUCACAUGUCGAAUUAUUAAAUUGUGAAUAAUAGAAAUAAAUAUCUGACCUAGUCUCUUAAAAUCAGAGCUAAAUAAUGGGUAAAAGAGAAAGCAGUAACAGCAAAUACUCUUCGCUAUUGUUAAAUAUUAUGUUUGUUUCCAAACUUUAUAAUACCAUGUUAUAUGUAGUGUAGCGAUAUUUAUUUCUCUUCAUAAUGUUGAUACAAUAUCAUACAGUGAUAUACAAAAAUCAUGAGUCUGCAUAACAAAGCAGAAAAACAAUUAUAUAAUUAACAAUGUGAAACGUCAUCUUCAAUUAGUGUCAUAACAUGAU